UUCCCUAGAACUAGGAGAUAGGGGAAGUUGUCUGACAAUAAUUAGCCAGCAGAAAUACUUUUUAGGUCACGAGAAAAUAGAUAUGAAGUUCUUAAAUAGGUGUGGUGUGUAGGUUUAGUAUAAGUUACCUUUAAAUAUCCUACACUUCCCACAGGAUAUAAAAAAAAAUCGAAGUCGCCUUCUAAGCUUGGGAAAGCGGUGCCUUCUACUAUACAGCCAGACUCAUCUCCUCGUCACCAUGCCGUUCCCCUUCGGGAAGUCUCAGAAGAACCCUGCGGAGAUUGUGAAGAGUCUGAAGGAGAACGUAGCUUACUUGGAAAAGCUGGAUGCGGCAGAAAGCAAAAAAUGUGAAAAGGUUGCAGAGGAGGUGUCUAAGAACCUAUCAUCUCUGAAAGAGGUGCUGUGUGGUUCAGGGGACAAGGAGCCCCAAACGGAGGCUGUAGCCCAAUUGGCCCAGGAGCUGUACAACACCAACCUCCUCAUUGCUCUCAUCGCAAACCUGCAGAGGAUUGAUUUUGAGGGAAAGAAGGAUGUGGUGCAUCUGUUCAGCAACAUUGUGCGGCGCCAGAUUGGCACCCGUACGCCCACGGUUGAGUAUAUCUCCUCACACCCACAGAUCCUCUUCAUGCUGCUGAAAGGGUACGAGAGUGCGGAGGUGGCUCUGAACUGUGGGGUGAUGUUAAGGGAGAGCCUGCGUCAUGAGCCCCUGGCCCGCACAAUUCUCUUCUCGGAGGACUUCUACUGCUUCUUCCGCUAUGUAGAGUUCUCCACCUUCGACAUCGCCUCCGAUGCUUUUGCUUCGUUCAAGGAUCUUCUCACGAGACACAAGAUUAUGUGCGCAGAUUUUCUGGAGACCAAUUAUGACCAGGUGUUUACAGAAUAUGAGAAGCUACUGCAUUCCGAGAAUUAUGUCACCAAACGGCAGUCCCUAAAGCUCCUGGGAGAGCUUCUUCUGGACAGACACAACUUCACUGUGAUGACCAAGUACAUCAGCCGGGCUGAGAACUUGAAGCUGAUGAUGAACAUGCUGAGAGACAACAGCCGCAACAUCCAGUUUGAGGCCUUCCAUGUCUUCAAGGUGUUUGUGGCCAACCCCAACAAGACCCAGCCGGUGCUGGACAUCCUGCUGAAGAAUCAGGCCAAGCUGGUGGACUUCCUGAGCCGCUUCCAGAGAGACCGCUCCGAGGACGAGCAGUUCUGCGAUGAGAAGAUUUACCUGAUCAAGCAGAUUCGUGACCUGAAGAGGCCCACAGCACCAGAGGAGGCAUGAGGGAGACAGGCAGGGGGACAGCACCAGAGGAGGAAUGAGGGAACAGCACCAGAGGAGGAAUGAGGGAACAGCACCAGAGGAGGAAUGAGGGGACAGGCAGGGAGACAGCACCAGAGGAGGAAUGAAGGGACAGGCAGGGAGACAGCACCAGAGGAGGCAUGAGGGAGACAGCACCAGAGGAGGCAUGAGGGAGACAGCACCAGAGGAGGCAUGAGGGAGACAGCACCAGAGGAGGCAUGAGGGAGACAGCACCAGAGGAGGCAUGAGGGAGACAGCACCAGAGGAGGCAUGAGGGAGACAGCACCAGAGGAGGCAUGAGGGAGACAGCACCAGAGGAGGCAUGAGGGAGACAGCACCAGAGGAGGCAUGAGGGAGACAGCACCAGAGGAGGCAUGAGGGAGACAGCACCAGAGGAGGCAUGAGGGAGACAGCACCAGAGGAGGCAUGAGGGAGACAGCACCAGAGGAGGCAUGAGGGAGACAGCACCAGAGGAGGCAUGAGGGGACAGGCAGGGGGACAGCGCCAAAGCACAGGUAGUGGUGAUGCUAGUGAUUUUGGUUGGGGCCUUCAGAAUUCAGAGAGAGAAUGAUAGUGAGAGAAGCAUACUUCCAUACCAUUACUCUGCCCUUCUAUUAACUUCAAACAUAGGAACAAUAUACUGUACAAAGUCCCCCCCCAUUCUUUUACUUUUUUUAAUGCUCAUGUGGGAAUGGAGGUGAUUUUGAGGCACACGCGACAAGAGUGACCAGAGAACUGUUAGUUAAACCAUAGAUCUAUUUCAGCCAGUAAGUAUGAAAUCAAUGCACUUAGUCAGAUGGUAUAUUGAACAUUAAACACACCAUUAGCCUCUUUAAUAAGCACAGUAGCACACCUGAGCUAUUUCCUGGGAAAUCAGGAUAAGUGGUCCACAAAACAGAAUACACUCUCCCCGACAGACUCCCCAAACCUUACAAGAACUUUGAAAUGGAUUUGUAAGCUUUUAAAGACAGAUGUCCUAUAUGAUAUUUUAGGGAUUAGAAUAUAAAAAUAAAGAUUAUUUUGCUAGGGUUAUUCAGUUAACAUUUAUUUUGUAGUGGUCUUGUUUCUGACACCAUACUUAACUAAUUCCAUAAUGUGUUGGUUUAUUGCUUAGCUUUGGGUAGACUCUUGGGUCAGAGUAGGUCAUUGUAAUCUUUAGUUGAUAACACGGUAAUUAUCUUCAGUCCAUCUCCUAAUGACAAACAGUGACAAUGGAAGGCUCAAAGACGUGAGUCCGUAGCAACUGUUGUCCUAAUAGGAGCCAUCCAUCAGGGAUGACAAUAAAUAAACUAUAUGAAAACAUGAAUCAAUGAUAUGAUAGUAGGGCCCAGGCUAGUGGACUAUAAUAGAACCUACAGAUGGUUUUAGUAGGGGCCAGUCUAGUGGACUAUAAUGGACCUACAGAUGGUUUUAGUAGGGCCCAGGCUAGUGGACUAUAAUGGACCUACAGAUGGUUUUAGUAAGGGCCAGGCUAGGCUGCAGGGUGAUCCAUUCUUUAGUCUGAUUGAUCCCAAUGAUGGCACUCUUUUCUUUCUCAUGGCAUGGACGCUUGCUAGUUUUCAUGUUUUCAUGUGCAGUUAGGAACUGGUGUAAGUUAGGAAGGUGUUUUUUAUUUUAGAAAUGUUCACUAAAUAAUAUAAAGAUGAGAUGUACCCUCCAACAAUAUUACCAACACAUAGUAUCUAUGGGACGAGUAAUACAAUACGAAAGUAACACUGUACUGUCUAAGAGGAGCCGAAUCCUCCCAGUCCUGAUACUCUAGUAAACAUGGGCUUACUGUGAGCUGCAUGCUGCUUCUCUCAGGCAGCCAGACGCACUGGUCAAGAAUCCACAGAAUGCACAUAAUGAUCGGCACCGUCAAAUUUAAAUGAGCCAAUUCGGAUGAAGUAUGUUGUAUCAAUUGCACCUAAUUGGCCACUCCUCAAUUCUCUACUCAAGCUUAGGACCUAUCAAUACCUCAAUCAAUAAUUAUGUUGUAUGUUGUCCAGAUGAACUACAAAAUGGGAUUCUCAUCUAAUAACAGCAUUUUGCCUUACCUAGUGUCACUUAAAUUGCAUAAUAACAGAUUACAAAAAAAUAUGGUGUCUGCACAAUUUUCUAGUAUAUACCUCAUUGAGUUCAUAAGGGCUGUUUUCUCUACUUGACAAUAUAUUUUGGACAAAGAGCAGUGGUUUGUAUUAUACAUGAUAAAUAUGUCAAUGGUUUUAUUUUAACUUCAACAGGGAGUGGGACCUGGUUUUCUUUAAGGGAAAAAACAGAAUCUUCAACUAAAUGUAUUAGUUGGGUGCCUCAAAUUUCAAUUCAUAUUGAAUAAGAGGACACACAAGUUUGAAUGUUGUCUUACUUUCAGAAUUGCAAUUUGAUUGGGAAGACCAUGUAUGUGGAGGUAUAGACCUCACCAAUCUUCUUAAUCAAAGGUAGUAUAAGGGGCAGUGCUUGACUUGACUGAGAUGGGUGCCCGUACUCAUUUUGGGUGCUGGUUCUGUUUACAUUUAGAUGCAGGAGCUCUUCAAUACUUUUGAGCUAAUAUUCUAUAAGAGGAACAGGAGCUCAAGCAGUAGAAAACUUGAGGUGCUGUUACUCUGCUCCGGUUAGCUGCUGCCCAAGUCGAGCACUAAUGAGGGGGGGAAAUAAUGUAUUUCAAAUCCCAAAAAACACCAACUUCAAAGGCCCAGAUUAGAUUAUUAACUGCAAAUGUGAUUUAUUGAAUAUAGAUUAACCUUGAAUGGAAUACAUAUGAACUAUUCCAGGACUUUUUUACCAAAAGUGCAAUUUAGUCCAGUAGUACUGUAGGCUUAAUCCUGUUAACUGUAAUCAGCCCACAGUCUGUUAUUUAUAGGAAUUUCAGAGCACCUGUUUUGUGGUAGACCAAGCAUUAAUCAAUGUUUAAUCAAAACUUUAAACUGAAUAAUUUAUUGGAGGAAACCAAAUAUAAAGCAAAACAUUUCUGAUAAUUUUCAGACUUGUGGUUGUUUGGCUAGUAUAAUAACUCAAUGACAACAUACAAACAUUAUCAAGAUUUGUCAAGGCUAAAUUAUUUUUGGGUGAUUCAGAAUUUGAACUGUAAAAUGUAUGUUGUACUUUACCUUUUUCACUGUGUUGCCUUCCUAUUUUCCAAUUUUUUUGUGUCUGAUUAUUUUCUUUAUUUACUGUGGGAAAGGAUGAAAUGUGUACAUAGCUUUAUUUUAAAAGGUGAAAGUGUGGAAGCAUAUAUAAAAAUAAAAUGAAGA